AACAUCAGCAGCUGCCUACAACAACGUUAUGCCGUCGCUCAAAAGGCAGGCGUAUGAGGAGUUGAACGGUAUCGAUGGCUUCUACUCCGACUUGGACUGGGACGAUGGAACAACGAUCAUGGGCCCGCCGGCGAAAAAGUUUAACAAGGAGCCGAUGCCGAUUGUACGUGGUGCCCCGACGGACCCUUACGCAGCAGCUAUGACAGCCGCAAUGGUCUCCUCUGGCCAGGUACUGCCCCGACAAAUUGCUCAAAUCAACGGUAAACCGAAAAUUGCCCACAUGACCAGGACCGGCACGGGACGUAAACAAGUUAUAAGUUGGAUGGACGCUCCCGACGAUGUUUAUUUCAGGGCUACCGAAGGAAGCAAGAAAAUAAGAAGACAAAUUACAUCAACAGAGCUGCGGAGAGCAGCACGAAAACCGUGGCGACCGCUAAAAACGAAAAUAGACGAUUUACACGUGGUCGUCUUGGAUUGACAGUAACUUAAGUUUGUUCGGUUAUGUGCAGGAUAAUUGCAAAGUUACAAAACAAAAAACUGAAAGAAUCGCCGAACAGCACAAAAAAACAAUUAAUUGGACAAAAUCGCCACUAGCAGUAUCACAAUCAUAAACACUCAACGUUUAUACACAAAUUAAGUUACUGUGAAAAAGACUUGUUUAGUAUGUAAUUUUAUUGACUAAUUUAUAAAGCACAAGUUUUUGUGA